AUGAGCUGGAUGGACAGCUGGAGCAGGCCUUCCAAGACCCAAGCGACGCCUGCACCCUACUACCUACUUCCCGGCGGCGAGGCGACGCCAUACUGCCACUCAUGCGGGAGGGUGAUUAGCAACCGACGGACAACGGCCAAGGCCAAGGCCAACGACACGCCUGUCAAGUACUGUUCGAGUCGGUGCAGGACGAACAAGCCAGGGAAACUAGACCGUGAACUCGAGACGGCGUUUGUGCAGUUUCUGUCCGCGGAGGACAGUGUCCAAGCGGAAGUGAGAGGAAUGACCAAAGGACAAGGGGCAGUUCGAUCGAAGAAGAAAGGCAAACAGGGCAAAGGCGAUGAUCGAAUUUUGGUACCUUGCAGCGCCGUCGAGGACCAUGUUUUCGGGACUCAUCAAUUAUCGAUGGAAGAGUCUGAGCCUGAGAGCGAAGACGUAACGGCGGAUACACCAACCGCUCUACCACCAGGACGUUUAGAGGUGGCAUCUUUUGGAGAAGACAUGGACCUUGAAGGAAAUCUCGCCGAAGACAUGAGCAUCGACGGUCAUGUACUCGCACGUCUGGCAGUCCGAAGCGGAACACGUAUUCGACCACCACAGUCGGUGUCCGAGGUCAAUGGGAGCGUUGGUGGCGAAAAAGGGCGCGCAGAGAGGAUCCAAGAGACAAAUGUCAUGGCCGAGAAACGAAAAGAAGGCCAGAAAAAAGCAAAGCAAAAGGAAAUGACAAAGUGCGCGGCACGAAGAGGCGUUGUCUUUGGGUUCCUCGUCGGUGAAGAGAGAAGACUCUGUGAAGCUGUUAUGGCGGGAAAGGUCGUGGAAGCGAGCUUUGCCAAGGGAGAUUGGAGCAUCAGAUGGAGAGAAUGA